AUGUGGACUUUUGAUUGGUCCAGUACUAUCAGUGGGGCAAACUAUUACUACCUCAGAGAAAAGGGUAAAGGAGGAAUUUGUGGUCCAUGGAUCCCAGAUGAUGGUCAGAUAUUUACUCACACUUUGUCUACUGCUGGAAAAAUGAGCCAAAGAAACUGGACUGCCAAGGUUGUUUUAGUUCAUGUGGGUGUGACUUCUCUCAUUGCACACAUCCGAGUUGGGAAAAUGCAAGCUGCUCUGGAAGCAAAAACCACAGUCCUUCCUGCAGUAGUCUGUGGAGAUGGCUUUUGUGAGGAAGAGGAAGGCUGUUCUAUCUGUCCAGCAGACUGUGGGGAAUGCCCACUUUCUGCUGAUGCCAGGAUAGCAAUUGCCUUACCAAUAUGUUUAGUCUGCACUGGCUUCAUUUUGACAGUCAUGUGGUUUCAAUAUCAGAAACAAAAGAUGCUUUGGGAUGAAAGUUGGAUUAUAGAUUUCACCUGCAUCAAACAAGAUCAUGUCAUGCGGACAGUAACAGGAAGCAUGAUGAGUGCUCCCCCAGCACCCAGUGUCUCCAACGUCAGCUGUAUCACUGCUCUGAGCUCCUGCACAGCAGCUGCCAACAUGUCCAGGAAACAAUACUUCACCCAGACUGGGAGAUAUGAUGGUAGAACAGUGGCCAUAAAGAAAAUAAUGAAGAAAGCAUUCACAUUGUCUAGAUCCAUACGUAAAGAAGUAAAGCAAGUGAGGGAACUUGACCAUCCCAAUCUCUGCAAAUUCAUUGGAGGUUGUAUAGAAGUCCCAAAUGUUGCCAUUGUCACGGAGUACUGCCCCAAGGGAAGCCUGAGUGAUGUGCUCUUCAAUGAAGACAUUCCUUUGAACUGGGGUUUCAGGUUUUCUUUUGCUACUGAUAUUGCACAAGGAAUGGCUUAUCUUCACCACCACAAAAUGUAUCAUGGACGGUUGAAGUCUAAUAACUGUGUGAUAGAUGACCGGUGGGUUUGCAAAAUUGCAGAUUAUGGUUUGCAGUCAUACAGAAAAGAAGAUUCUCCUGAGGGAUCAAGCUCAUGCCAGCAGCAUUUGAUAGAGAUUUACACAGCUCCUGAAAUACAUUCACUUUCGGAGUUUGAACCCAAUUCUAUGACAGAUGUCUACAGUUAUGCCAUUAUUUUACUAGAAAUUGCCACAAGAAGUGACCCUAUGCCAAAAGAUAGUAUGCAUUCAGCUGAAUAUUUUUGGUGCCCACCUUUGUCAGAAUUAAUUUCAGGAAAGGCUGAGAAUUCUUGCCCAUGUCCCACAGAUUACAUAGAGUUAAUCAGAAGGUGCAGAAAAAAUAAUCCAUCCCAAAGGCCUACAUUUGAACAAAUCAAGAAAAUGUUGUACAAGAUGAAUCCUAAUAAAGUUAGCCCUGUUGACAUGAUGAUGACUCUGAUGGAGAAAUAUAACAAACAUCUGGAGGUACUGGUUUCUGAGAGAACCCAGGAUUUAAUGCAUGAAAAACAGAAGACUGAUCGUCUAUUGUAUAGUAUGUUGCCGAAACAAGUAGCAGAUGAUCUCAGGCAGGGAAAACCUGCACAAGCCCAAAGUUACUCAAGUGCCACCAUCUUUUUCAGUGACAUUGUUGGCUUCACUCAGCUGUCCAGCAGCAGCACACCGUACCAAGUGGUAGAUCUCUUGAACAAGCUUUAUACUACUUUUGAUGAAAUCAUAGAUAACUAUGAUGUCUAUAAGGUGGAGACAAUAGGAGAUGCCUAUAUGGUGGUUUCAGGAGUACCCAAAGAGAAUGGGAUCCUUCAUGCCGGUGAGAUUGCAAGCAUGGCUUUAGACCUCCUGGAUGUCUGCAAGACUUUUAAGAUCCCACACAAGCCCAACACCCUUCUAAAAAUAAGAGCAGGAAUACAUUCAGGACCAGUUGUAGCUGGAGUUGUUGGAACCAAAAUGCCACGGUACUGUUUGUUUGGAGACACAGUGAACACAGCUUCCAGAAUGGAAUCUACCAGUGAAGCUCUUAAAAUACAGUGCAGUUCAAGUGUAUACCAACUGUUGGAGCAGAUUGGAGAGUAUGUGUUAGUAUGCCGUGGGAAUUUACAAGUCAAGGGGAAAGGAGACAUGGUAACAUACUGGCUUGAAGGUAAGAAAGCCUCUGACUUCCAGAAGACAAACACCAGCACUUCUGUGACUCCUCAAGAUGCCAACAGAACUUCAUACACUUUGAUACCAGGCGUACUUUCCAGUGAUCCUCUCUGAAGUCCUGCUUACUAGCCAGUCACUGGCU